AUGAGAAAGGAUAUUGAUGAAAACUUAAUGCUCAUUGAAGUGAUAGACUAUGUCAAAAGUAAUUCUGAGAUUUCACAAUUCUUUCUGUAGUUCUAUAAAAUCUAAACUUAUGAAAAUGCCAUUCGUUAAUAGGAAAUGCAAUUACAAUCCUAUACAAAAUUAUUUGUUUAAUCAAUAGGUUUGACAAGAAAAUAUGUUAAUGUUGAUUAAUUGACCAAGAAUUGGAAUAUGGGAAAUCUUGAUAAAUAGCAUCAGCAAUAUUUAAUAUCUCUUAUGUUGAAACAAAAGUAGAACAAGUAAAAAUAAACAAAUUUUAUCAAAUUAUCUUAAUUUUUACAUGUAAUUUCAAACUACUUGGCUUAUAUUGUUAAUGAUAUAGAAAAUACUAAUAGUUUAUCAAUUGAUUUUAUUACAUAUUUGGUUUAUGCCUAAGAAGAGAUUAUUAUAACUGCUGAUAGGUUCGAAAAAAUUAAAUAGGCCCUUUGCAAAGACCGCUAAUUUAUUACUUUACAUAUGUGGAUGGAUUAUCAAUGUAUCCAGGAGUGUAAUAGGUUUGAAUCCCAAUUGAGAUCAUUAAUCAGAUUUCAAUCAACUUAUCUAAAAAAUUAAAAAGUUGGUUAAAAAAAAUGA